GUGUUUUAAGAAGCUGACAAAAUGCGUUACAUGACAUAUAAGUGCACAUUUGACACGUGAAAUGUGACGCGGGGCAAGAAGAGAGUCUCUUUCCUGUCUUGCCUUCAAACAGAUAAAGAAUAUAAAAUGAACUUUGCUGCUGUUUUUCUCCCUCUUAAAAAAAACCAGAAGACAUGGCCGCUACUUCAUUCUCAAUCUCACUCUCCCCAUACCCUGCCCCCAUUCGGAGCCAAAACCAAUUUUCAAGACAGAGCACUGGUUUUCUUCAUUUAAGUUUGAGACAAAGGAGCAUUAUUAGUAAUAACACUAUUGGCUCCAAAGCAAGGGAAUUAGCUGCUGAGUUCUCACUCUUAAGCUCAAGCUCAAGGCGGUUGCAUGUGCUAUCUGCUACUACUGAUAAAGCCAAUGCACUGCCUCUUACUGACACUGUGUCUCCUGCCACCUCUUCCAGGGUGAAACGCCACACAAUUUCAGUUUUUGUUGGAGAUGAGAGUGGAAUAAUAAACAGGAUUGCAGGGGUGUUUGCUAGGAGAGGUUACAACAUUGAGUCCCUUGCUGUUGGUCUCGACAAGAACAAGGCUCUGUUUACCAUAGUUGUAUCUGGGACUGAAAGGGUUCUGCGACAAGUCGUAGAGCAACUUAACAAGCUUGUCAAUGUCAUCAAGGUAGAAGAUAUCUCAAUGGAACCACAUGUAGAACGUGAAUUAAUGCUUAUAAAACUCAAGGCUGAACCAACAUCUCAUGCUGAGAUCAUGUGGCUUGUAGACAUCUUCAGAGCAAAGAUUGUGGAUACUUCAGAACACUUUUUACCAUUGAGCUUUUUAUAUGGGUAUGCCUACCAACUUUCUAGGAAAGACUUAGAUGGAGUUUUUCAAUUUAUUAUUAUAGCUCAGUACUUCAUUGACAUUGUGAUUGUCAUAGUAAUUUUUGUCAUUGGCAUUGUGGAUGGAUCAUCUAAUGAAAAGCUGCUUAAUGUCACUGGAGACCCUGGAAAGAUGGCAGCUGUUCAAAGAAAUUUCAGCAAGUUUGGGAUAAAAGAACUUGCAAGGACUGGGAAGAUUGCUCUGAGGCGUGAAAAGAUGGGGGAGACUGCUCCUUUUUGGGGAUUUUUUGCUGCCUCUUAUCCAGAUCUUGAAGGUAGAUCAACUGAUGUUGGUGUUAUAAGGGAUGCAAAACGAUUACGUAAUCGAGAUGCCAAUGCAUACUCAAAGGGUGAUGUAUAUCCUGUAGAACCUUUUGAAGACUUCCUGGUAAAUCAAGUUCUUGAUGCUCAUUGGGGGGUUCUCUAUGAUGAAGAUUCAAGUGGGCUUCAGUCACACACUUUAUCUAUGGUCGUGAAUGACACUCCUGGUGUUCUAAAUGUAGUUACGGGGGUUAUUUCCCGAAGAGGCUAUAAUAUUCAGAGUUUAGCUGUGGGGCCUGCUGAAAGAGAAGGGCUUUCUCGCAUUACAACUGUUGUUCCUGGAACUGAUGAGACAAUAGGAAAAUUAGUUCAGCAACUUCAGAAAUUAGUAGAUCUUUAUGAGGUGCAGAUUAUGACGCACUUACCAUUUGCAGAACGAGAGUUGAUGUUGAUAAAAGUUGCCGUGAACACUGCUGCUCGAAGGGAUGUCCUUGAUAUUGCUAGCAUAUUUCGAGCUAAAGCUGUUGAUGUGUCUGAUCACACAAUUACUCUUGAGCUCACAGGUGAUUUAAACAAGAUGGUUGCUCUCCAGAGACUAUUAGAGCCCUAUGGAAUUUGUGAGGUGGCUCGGACGGGAAGAGUGGCGCUGGUGCGGGAGUCGGGUGUGGAUUCAACGUAUCUCCGUGGAUAUUCUCUUCCAUUCUAAUUUUCUAUUUCUUAAAAAGCUUCUGGCCAUGGCAAAGUCAAGUAUGUUUUAUUUCUUUUUAUAUUUCUUGAUGUCAUCACUUUGCCAUUGAGAUUGUUGCAAGAUUUUCUGUUUCUUCAUUCCUGCAUUAGGUUGCUUGAUGUAAUCAACGUGCAUUUUCACAUCCAAUAGCUACAUAGGUUUGUCGAAUUGAAACUUAAUAGUUCGUU